AUGGCUCAAUCUCUCUUUUUCACAGUGAAGAGGCGUACCCCUGAACUUGUCACUCCAUCGAAGCCCACACCUUGUGAAAUAAAAUUACUCUCAGAUAUUGAUGACUGUGAUUUUUUACGUUUUCAUGUUCCUGGUUUACAAUUUUACAAGUAUGAUCCAAAUAUGGCAGGGAGAGACCCUGUUGAUGUUAUUAGAAAAGCACUUGCGAAAAUGCUCGUGUUUUAUUAUCCAUUUGCAGGUAGGUUGAGGGAAGGAGCUGGCAGGAAACUUAUGGUUGACUGUACUGGAGAAGGUGUUUUGUUUAUUGAAGCUGAUGCUGAUGUUACUCUUAACGAUUUCGGCGACAAUCUUCUUCCUCCAUUUCCUUGCUUGGAUGAGCUUCUUUACGAUGUUCCUGGAUCUUCAAACAUACUUAACACUCCAUUGCUGCUUAUUCAGGUAACACGCCUCAAGUGUGGUGGUUUCAUUUUUGCUCAUCGUACAAACCAUACAAUGAGUGAUGCAACAGGUAUAGCUCAAUUCAUGAAUGCCUUAGCUGAAAUAUCUCGUGGGAUGAAUGGACCUUCAAUCUCACCAGUGUGGUGCCGAGAGCUUCUAAGAGCAAGAGAACCACCAAGAGUGACAUGUAUUCAUCCUGAAAUUGAACAGGAACCUCGUAACAGUGGAACCAUCAUAUCCUUCGACAAUUUGGUUCAACGCACUUUUUUCUUUGGUCCGGUUGAGCUAGCCAAAAUUCACUCUCUCCUUCCAACCAACAUGGUACACAAGUACACCAAAUUUGAAAUCAUCACCGCAUUCGUUUGGCGUUAUCGUACAAUAGCAUUACAACCAGAUUCAGACGAAGAAGUUCGUAUCAUUAGCAUUGUCAAUGCACGUAGCAAAUCCUUUAACCUACAACUACCAAAUGGUUACUAUGGUAAUGUUAUUAUGAAUCCUGUUGCAGUGACUUCAGCUAGAAAAUUAAUUGAAAAUCCAUUGGAGUAUGCAUUGGAUUUAAUUAAAAAAUCGAAAGCUAAGGUCACCAAAGAGUAUAUUCAUUCAUUUGCAGAUUUAAUGGUUAUCAAGGGUCGACCUAACUUUUCCAAGAGGGGAUUGUUUUUAGUGACGAAUGUUACACAUGCUGGAGUUAAAGAUGUUGAUUUUGGUUGGGGGAAACCUGUUUAUGGUGGACCCGCAAAAGGUAGUACUUUUCCUGGCAUUUCUAGCUAUUACAUACCUUUCACAAAUGGUACGGGAGAGAAAGGCUUGGUUAUACCGCUUGGUUUACCAGCUCAAGCCAUGGAGAGGUUGGUUAAGGAGCUUGAUAGUGUGCUUAAGGGAAACAAUAAGGGUGAUUCAACAUCUCGUAUCAUUAAAUCGUUGUUGUAG